GCAGCAGCCGGGGCGGAGCCAUGGUGGUUCUCUCGGUGCCCCGGGAGGUGACCGUGAUCCUGUUGGAUAUCGAAGGUACCACUACCCCGAUUGCUUUCGUGAAGGACACGUUAUUUUCCUACAUUCGCAAGAAUGUUAAAGAUUAUCUGCACAUGCACUGGGGAGAAGAGGAGUGUCAACAGGAUGUGAGUCUGCUGAGAAAACAGGCAGAAGAGGAUUCCCACUUGGAGGGCGUUGUGCUGAUCCCCCCCAGAUCGGAGCAUGGCGCCGAUGACACAGAACAGAUGAUCCAGGCCGUGGUGGACAACGUGUACUGGCAGAUGUCCCUGGAUAGGAAGACCCCCGCCCUGAAGCAGCUGCAGGGCCACAUAUGGCGGGCCGCCUUCGCCGAUGGGACAGUGAAGGUCAAAUUCUUUGAGGACGUGGUUCCCUCAAUCAGGAAAUGGAGACAAGCCGGCAUGAAGGUGUAUAUUUAUUCUUCAGGUAGUGUUGAGGCACAGAAGCUGCUCUUUGGCUAUUCAACAGAAGGAGACAUUCUCAAGCUUUUUGAUGGCCAUUUUGAUACUAAGAUUGGACAUAAAAUAGAGAGUGAAAGUUACAGGAGAAUUGCGACGAGCAUCGGCUGCUCCCCCAACAACAUCCUGUUUCUGACAGACAUUACGCGAGAGGCCAACGCGGCAGAAGAGGCUGACGUCCAGGUGGCCGUGGUAGUGAGACCUGGCAAUGCGGGAUUAACGGAUGAUGAGAAGUCCUAUUUCAACCUCAUCACUUCUUUCAAUGAACUGUUCUUGCCUUCGUCAACUUAAGAGGAAGAAGCUUCCC